GUUGACAGUUGCAUUGUGGGAGACGGGUGAUUGACACCGCCGCCAUUUUGCUCCCGCUCCGCUUCCAUUGUGUGAGAUAGUAAAUAUCCGACUCUGCCAGACAAGCACAACACUCUCGUACCGUAGCGAAGAAGCAGCGUUAAAUUCACCGCCGGUGAAACUUUGACAUUAUGGCUCGUACCAAGCAAACUGCUCGUAAAUCCACCGGAGGAAAAGCUCCUCGUAAGCAGCUCGCCACCAAGGCUGCCCGGAAGAGCGCCCCCUCCACCGGUGGAGUGAAGAAGCCCCAUCGUUACAGGCCCGGCACCGUGGCUCUGAGAGAGAUCCGUCGGUACCAGAAGUCCACUGAGCUGCUGAUCCGUAAGCUGCCGUUCCAGCGCCUGGUGAGGGAGAUUGCUCAGGACUUCAAGACUGACCUGCGUUUCCAGAGCGCUGCCAUCGGCGCCCUGCAGGAGGCCAGCGAGGCGUACCUGGUGGGUCUGUUUGAGGACACUAACCUGUGUGCCAUCCACGCCAAGCGCGUCACCAUCAUGCCAAAAGACAUCCAGCUGGCCCGCCGCAUCCGUGGAGAGCGCGCUUAUCCGUCCCUCUCCACUCAGCCUGACGGCUCGCUGCACCUCCUUCACCUCAGUGAUCUAAUGGCUCGUACCAAGCAAACUGCUCGUAAAUCCGCUGGAGGAAAAGCUCCUCGUAAGCAGCUCGCCACCAAGGCUGCCCACUCCACUGGCGGAGUGAAGAAGCCCCAUCGUUACAGGCCCGGCACCGUGGCUCUGAGAGAGAUCCGUCGGUACCAGAAGUCCACUGAGCUGCUGAUCCCUAAGCUGCCGUUCCAGCGCCUGGUGAGGGAGAUUGCUCAGGACUUCAAGACUGACCUGCGUUUCCAGAGCGCUGCCAUCGGCGCCCUGCAGGAGGCCAGCGAGGCGUACCUGGUGGGUCUGUUUGAGGACACUAACCUGUGUGCCAUCCACGCCAAGCGUGUCACCGUCAUGCCAAAAGACGUCCAGCUGGCCCGCCGCAUCCGUGGAGAGCGCUCUUAG